CAGACGCUACAGCGUGAGGGGUGCGUGUUGGAGUGGCGGAGAUAUAGGAGGACUUUGGGUCUCUUGGCGCCUGGACGCGUCGCUGUGUGAGGACUGUUGACUGAUUGCUGGCUUGGAGAGCUGUAGGAAAGCAGUUGGAGCUCCGCAGACAUUGAAGCUGAAAGAGCGGCUGCUGUUGCCGAUGGCACCGGAGUAGUGUGUUCGGCUGGUCACUAGACCGGGACCAGACCAGGCCUGCAGAAGACCAAAGUUCCGCAUCGCUUCGCUUCUACUGGCAGCAGCUCGUCCAGUAGCCGGCGACGAUGAAGUUUUUCCGGCGCCGCGACCCGGCCGGGCCGCGCCUGGUGAGCCUGUCGCCACUGCGCGCUGCCGACUCCAGCACGGGACCGCCGCACGCGCUGCCGCUGGGCCCGGCGCCGCCCGGCCCCGGCCCGCUGGCUGGCUUCGUCCCGCCGUCCAGUCCUUCCGCCCACGAAACCUCACUGGACGCCGCCAAAAAGAGCUUCUCCACCUGGAGCCGCAAGGUGGGCCACAAGUGGCACCAGCUGCGCAGGAGUGACUCCAAGGAGCGGCUCUCACAUUCCCUGCCGCACACCGGACCGCGCAAGAAGAAACAGCCGUCGGGCGGCGACGCGAACCGCUCCACCGGCGACCGCAGCCGGCUGGACCGGGUCGAGUCUCUGAAGAGCCUGUUCCUGCGCGGCCGCGGCGACGGCCGCCGGGAGGUGUGCAGCGUCGUGGAGCCGACCAGCGAGGCGGAGUGCGUCCGGCCGCUGUAUCGCAGCAGCUCCACGUCCCAGCUGGCAACCUACGUACCGGCCGAGGACCCCAGUGACGGGGUGGACCUGCGACGCCAGGCGGCCCGCGCUGCUCCCGCCCGUACCAUCAGCUGUGACCACAUCAACCUGCUGUCAGCAGAGCGGGCGGCCGAGCGGGCGGCUGCCGUGGCGGCGGCGGCAGCGCCGGUGGGCGCCCUGGCCGGCCUCUCGGCGCUGCCUGAGGAGAGCGGACCGCCGUCGGCCGACGCUGGUCUCUACGUCAGCACCCUGGAGCGGACACGGCGGCGGCCGCGCGGCCGACAGACGGCCUCCGCCGGCAAGACGCGCAGCCUGUCGGUGGCGCAGCUGAACCUGUCGUUCCGCAGCCAGCAGCCGGCCGAUGCGGUGACUAAGACUCGCGCCGACUGUGACAGCGACAGCGGCAUCCUGGCCGAACACUCAGACAGCGGCUCAACGCACAGUUCGGAGACGGGCAGCGUGGCCUCGGCGCGCACCGACUCGGGAGCCUCCAGCGAGGGAAAGCCGGAGCCCGACAAAAACCUCUGCGACGAGGAGAAGAUGCUGCGCCGCGCGCCGCGCUCCCGGCACGCGUUCUGGCCGGUGCCGGACGGUCGCUGCCGGGUGGACACGGAGGACCCGUACAGCCCAGGGUUCCUGGCGCGGCAGCAGCGCGGCGCCGGCCGCUGCCUGCCCGUGCCCGUCCUGACGCCGCCGUCCGGCUGUGACCCGGCGCCCGACCCGCUGGUGCGCCGACACCUGCGUUCGGCUUCCGUCGACCGCAGCGAGGUGGCGCGGAGGAUCGCCUCGCACGACUUCCCGGAGGCUGCGCGGCGCCGCGGUGGCUCGCCGGACUCCUCCCGGCGCGGCCGCCGCUCGUCCGAGUACAGCCCGGCGCCUCCCAUCUCACUGCCGCCCAACCUGGCCUCGAUCACCAACCGGCAGUUUAAACUGCUGCGGCUGGUACGUCAGGACGGCGAGGAGCUUGGUGUGGGCAUCACCGGCCGACGGAACACCGAGCACACGGCCAGCGGAUACUAUAUCGCCAACAUCGAGCCCGGCUCACUGGCAGACAGGGACGGUCGCCUCAGGAUCGGAGAUGAGGUGUUGAACGUGAACGGUAACCGACUGCGGGGUGUCUCUCUGGAGGAGGCGUGUGCCAUUCUGCGCGACACCCCGCCAGAGGUGGAUGUGGUGAUCGCGCGCGAGGCGCGGCCCGGCGCCGGCGCGCCGGUCCAGACACCCCAGACGCCCGGCUCGCCGCCUCAGACACCCACCGGGCCGCCGCCGUCUGCCAGCCAGAAGUACGUGACAAUCGUCAGCACCACCGGCGCCCUGGUGGCGGACGGCAGCGGCGGCGGCGGCGCCACCGACACAGUCAGCUCGUCGAGAGCGCCGCACUACUCGCAGACGUUCAGCGAGGCGCGGCACCGGCGGCGCCACCGCGGCGAGGGCGGCGCGCACGCGGCGGCGGCGCGGCUGCACUCGCACCCGGCGGCCGGCGGCGCGCUCUGCACCCUGCCGCGCCGGCCCAAGUCGCUCUACCUCAACAUUAUGAUGGUGGUCUUCGAGAAGGGCCGCGGCAAGAAGAGCCUCGGCUUCAGCGUGGUUGGAGGCCGCGACUCGCCCAAAGGAGACAUGGGCAUUUUCGUGAAGACCAUCUUCCCCAACGGUCAGGCAGCGGAAGAGUCCAAACUGAAGGAAGGCGAUGAGAUCUUCUCCGUGAAUGGCGAGUCGCUGCGAGGCUUCUCUCACGCCGAGGCGAUCGCCGCCUUCAAGAAGACCAAGACUGGCCAGAUAGUGCUCCAGAUCGGGCGGCGCGAGUCAGUGAAAAAAGCCUCGGCCAAGUCCAAGUCAUGUGAUGGCCUGGACAAGCUGGGAUGAACGGGCGCGCUCCUCGUCAACCGGUGACCUGCGCGGUGACCGGUGACCUGCGCGGUGACUGGUGACCUGUGGGGUGACCGGUGACCUGCGCGGUGACUGGUGACCUGCGCGGUGACCGGUAACGUGUGGGGUGACCGGUGACCUGCGCGGUGACCGGUGACCUGCGCACUGUGCAGUGACCGGUGACCUGCGCGGUGACCGGUGACCUGUGCGGUGACCGGUGACCUGCGCGGUGACCGGUGACCUGCGCGGUGCCCAGAGACUGGUGGCCGGUUUCAGUGUGAUCUAUGUUGGCGGCGGACGGACCGAUGAGGCGUCUCCGGUGUCUCAGCUGGCGGCUGAUGGAACUCUGCUCUCCCCGUGCCGGGAGGUGGGGACCGUGUGUUCCCCCGGUGACCUGGGUUGUGACCGGGCGGGGAGCGCCCCACCGCCGCCGCCCCCGCCGCUGCUACUGUUAAUGUGAUGUGCUGUAUGUGUGCUAUGAACUGUGCUACGAAGUCCGAGCGGCGCAGCAAUUAACGUGACGUAGUGUACUCGGCACAUUGCCGUGGAUAAACUCUAGUCUGGAUCCUAUUUCGUAGCGUGUAACUCCAGUGUGUUGUCAUACCUGUAGCGGUUCUCAGUGCAUUGGUACUUAUUUUUAUUUGACUAAGUGAUGCCGUAUGCUUUCUUCCCAUAUUGAAUGAAUGACUAUAAAUAUAUGUGCAAGAUAGAUGGAAA